CUGUGGCGGGGAGAACGGCCGAUAAUUGGAUAGUGGAAGCACGUAGCAGCGUCCGCGCAACUAUAGCCUACUCAGUUCCCCACUAAUCGCUUUCGCGCUAGGGCGUCGAACCGCUAGCGCGUAGUGCGUUCCUUUGUUUACAUCUUGCGCCCCUUUGUGUCCGCCACCGCGCAAUGGAACCACGCUCUUUGUUAUUGUGUAGUUAACCAGUGACAGUGAUUUUGUUAAAAUGGUUAUCGAUACUCAGUCGGAGACCACCUCGUCGUCCAUAGCUGAAGAUGUUAACAUAACUUUCCAAGACAUAGGUUACAGAGUACGACAUAGCUUUUUCCCAGGAGGACGCAAGACAAUACUCAAUGGAGUCAGUGGACAAUUUAAUGCCGGCGAAUUGAGUGUUAUCAUAGGACAAUCAGGAGCAGGAAAGAGCACUUUGUUAGACAUCCUCGCAGGAUACACAAAGCCAACCAGCGGCACUAUCUGCGUGAAUGGCCAAAUAAGGAAUGAGAAGCUGUUUAGACGACGCUCGUGUUACAUACUCCAAGAUGACCAGGUGCAAAACAUGCUCACGAUCGAAGAGUCCCUUCACUUUGCUGCGGAGCUCAAACUGGGGAACCAUAUCAACACGCAACAAAAAAUAAAAAGGGUGGAGGAAAUAAUAACAUCGCUUGGUGUAAACAGAGUGAGAAACACGCGGGCUGGCAGUCUGUCUGGGGGCCAGAAGAAGAGGCUAGCAAUUGGUCUGGAACUAGUCAAUGAUCCGCCUGUUAUGUUUUUAGAUGAACCUACUAGUGGUCUCGACAGCUCAACAACCAAACAACUAAUCUACCUUCUGCACCUCUUGGCACGGCAGGGGCGAACCGUGGUGAUAUCUAUGCAUCAGCCCUCUGCGACCCUACUGGAUAUGGUCGAUAGGCUGUACGCCAUGGUCGGAGGCAGGUGUGGCUAUAUAGGGGCUGUGCAGCUGCUCGUCCCUUUUCUAGGAGAAAUUAAUCUUAUUUGCCCCCCAUAUCAUAACCCAGUUGACUUCUUCAUUGAAAUAUGCGGAGGCCACGAAAAUGAUUUAGAGAGACACUCGCAAAAUGGCAAAAAUAGUCAAUGGAUAAACAAUAUAUCUAAUGAGACUGACAGUAAAUUAUUAGGUUUAGAAUAUAAAAUUAAUAAAGGCGACGAAAUUUGCCUGACAACAUUACCACCUCCUAAAGAAGAUCCUACUAACAAAAUUUUAUUAGCGCUAAAAAGCACAUAUCCGACUUCAUCUAUCAACCAAUUCGCAAUACUAACUCGACGAGCAUUAUUGACAAUAUGGCGUGACCCAUCCUUUACGCUAAUGAAUGUAGGAAUACAUUGCACGAUGGCCUUGUUCGUCGGCAUUUUGUUCUUCAAUGUCGGCAAAGACGCCAAAUACGUGAGGGAUAACUACAACUUCCUCUACUAUAGCCUAAUGUUUCUAAUGUUCACUGCGUUCAGUGGAGUAACUGUUCGAUUUCCAGAGCAAGUGCCAAUAGUAAGACGGGAGCAUUUCAACAGAUGGUACAACACAGGGGCAUACUACGCGUCCACCCUCGCCUCCAUAUUACCUACGCAGACUGUGUGCACGCUAACAUUCUGCUGCAUCACCUACGUUAUGACGGGCCAGCCCGCUGAGCUGUUGCGCUUUUUAACGUACUGCACUACUUUGAUACUAGUAUCGUACGUAGCUGUGUGUGUCGGACUCUUUAAUGGCUCUCUGUUUAAUAUAAAGAAUGCAGUGAUCUUCGGUCCAUUCUUCAUAAUGCCGUUCACGAUAUUCUCCGGGUUCUUCCUCAGAUAUAGCGACGCACCUUCCAUAUUCCGAUGGCUGUUUCACAUAUCGUUUCUAAAGCACGGCCUGGUUGGUCUGGUGAUAUCUAUUUUCGGAAUGAACCGCCCAAAACUUGUUUGCACAGACAUCUAUUGUCAUUAUUCAAAGCCGACUCAAUUCUUGAAGGACAAUGGGAUGUUAAACGAAACGUUUUCAUUUGCGGUAGGAGCGUUAGCUGCUAUUGGUGUAACAGUUAUUACCCUCACAUACGUUGUACUGAAAAUACGGCUCAAAUUAAAGUGGUAAAUUGAAACUAAAAGAGUAACUUUAUGUGUUAAUUUUUCUGAAAUAAAUGUGUUAAUAACAAGGGAUCAAAUUAAAGUAUAAUACGCUCAAUAUUGAAUAUUAUGCCGAGUUUUUCAAACCAUGUUGUUGUUUCGAGAUCGAGGACAACAUUAGAAAGCAUGAACAAGACAUUCCAAAGAAUAUUCUUCUAUAUUUUGUUUUUAAGUGGUUUCUAGGGUUUUAUGGGGAAUGAUAGCUUUGAGCUUUGCUUUUAUCAAAUGCAUUGUAAAUAUUAUGACUUAAAAGAUUUGUUCUCAAUAUUUCUAUAUCUCUGUUUUUUUAAUAAUAACUACAGUCUUGUCAUAUCAAGAAAAGCUUCAGUAAUAGAUCCUGUAUAGUUUGUUAUAAAACAAAAUUUACUAUAACUGAAUCAAGUUUACUUUUGCUAAAAAUAUUUUACGAGGCGUACAAAAAUUGUCGUAAUAAUUCGCAGGCCUUUAUUCUCCUCGGAGGGGUAAAUUUUUAUAACAUAAUUUACAAACUUAAUCAAAAUCAACACAAAAUAGGUAUAUUGCCUACGUUUGAAGGAUAUUAUUAUCGAAUUUUAAUUUUAAGUAAUAUAUCGUGUCAUAUUAUAGGUACACUUAUGUGAUGUUUAUUUUAUUGUUCUAUUCGUAGUGAUUAUGUCAUUUUGGUUUUGUUUCAGUGCCCUAUUCAUUAUAUGGUUGUCUAUAACACGGUCAUAAAUUCCAAAUAUUCUGUUAUUAUUACUUAAAAUUAGGAAGACGGGGUGAUUGACAUUCAAUCGCCUUAUGGUGUAGUGUUAAUUUCAUUUGGACUUUUUAAACAAAGCUAUUAUAUUCGUUAUUCGUAUAACUUCGUUAAAGUGGUUUCAUGAACAGUUAGUAUAAUAAACCAAAUAUUUUAUGGCAAUAUUACGAUCUCAGGCGUGCCAGUUAUUGUGAGGAAUUAAAAAUAAAUCGAAACUAUAUUUCUACGGGAUAUAUUAAUUAUGGGUUGGAUGAUUUUUUGUAGAAUGUUUAUACAUUUAACACAUUGAUCUGUGAUGAUAUACAUAACGCAUGAGUAUGUGUGAGUCUAUGUUAAUUGUUAUAAAUAUAAAGGUGUUGUUACUUUGAGAUUUUAUUAUGUGUCUUUAUUUUUAUUUAAACUAAAAUUCUAUGAUAACAUCUAUCAGUAAAUGUGUUGUGAUAUGUGAAUGAGCAUAAACUAAAAUCUGUUCCGAGUUAUCAUCACGCUUUGCUCAAUUAUUGGAUGUUAUUGUUCGGUUAUAAGUUUAUUUUAUAUAGCUAUUGAUUAUGAUGUAAAUAAACAUUUUAAUAUGUG